CAGCUUAUGAAGGAUUUCGAUUUUUUGAAGUCUGUUUUUUUUUAGAUUUAUGGACGCUGUUGUAGGUUAUUGGCUACAUAUGUUCUCAUCCUGAUUUGAUUGAUCAGUGCGUUGGCAGACUGUGUAAUAUAAGUCGCAUGCUAAAUUAAGGUACGUAAAUCUAUUUGACGUCUAAAGCUCAAACAUUAUCAGACUUAGAUUUAUCCGCAGAUUGGCGAACUAACAUUCUCGAGAAUGUGGAUUGGACAAUUAUCUCAACUAGUGGUGUCAGUUUUGGUGCUUUUCAUCAUCAACUCUCCUGGGGCAGUAGGGACAGGUUCAACUCUGUGGGACGGCGGUAAAUGGGUUGAUGGAAGAUGUUUUCUGUUGGUUAGAGAGUCAGCUACAUGGGUCAAUGCCUUGUCUGCAUGUCAAAACAUUGGGGGUACUCUGGCAACGAUUACAUCGCAAACACAGUUGGCGGCCCUGAGAGCAGCGUUUAGUAUCUAUAACGAAGAGUUCUGGAUUGGUGCUAAUGAUAGAGUGACUGAACAAACUUUUGUUUGGACUGAAGAUCUGAGCUCGGCUAGUGUGAUAUAUAGUUGGUGGGACUCUGAUGCUCCACACCUAGCUAGACCGAACAUUUGGCACUGCGUCACUAUGAGACAAACUAACAAAGUGUAUGACAACAGAUGCGAUUAUUUUCUAGCAAUCUACAUGUGCAUGGAACCCAAUUCGCGUACAACAAAAUGUAUUGCUCCUACAACAACAGAGGAUGUUACUACGACAACAACUGAAACCACAACAACCCUACCAACUACCAUGACGACUGAAACUAUAAAAUCUACAAAGCGCCAUUGCCACAAAGGUUAAGGACCAGAAGUUUUAUCAGUCAUAGCAUGACCUUCCAUCGAUCCGUGGGACGGUGCACUUGCUAAAAUAUUCGACAAACUUCGAUUGAUAAUUUUGGAACAUUGGAUUAAAAUUCUACAUUAAAUUUCUAAAAAUAUUAAUUUGCAACAAAAUCUUUUUUAAAGUUUCUUUGUAAAUUAUUAUAUUCCAAUUAAAAUUUUAGCUGCACAAUGAACUAGACGUG